AUGAGAAAUUUUAAAGCAAGACGAUAUCUAGAAAUUGUCCCAUCAGCUAGCUCUUUGAAUGAAACUUUAAAUUCCAGUUUUGGAACUUUCAGUGUAAAAGCUAGGCAAACUCACACUUAUUUUACACAAAAAAACAGAGAAACUGAUUUUAGAAGGACAAAAGCAUCGAAAUUUGUGCAGAAAUCAGUUGAGACAGAACAAGAUCUAGAAGAUGAUUAUACCUUUACCCAGGUUUCUGAAAGUUUAGAUAAAACACAGCCUAUAUAUAUUGCGAAUAAAAGUGUAUUAAAUUCUCUGUCAAAAUUAAACCAAAGUGAAUCGCCUACUUCUUUGUUAGACAAAACAAAUAUAAAACUGAACCCUGAACAAAGCUCGAAAAUUCUGGAUAUGAUGAAUAAAAUUGAAUAUAAAGGUAAAUAAUAGGGUAUUAAGGAUUUUUUAAGUAUUUUUCAUUUAAUUUAGCUUGAUAUAGAAUCACAAGAUCUUGCACCCCACAAGGCAGAAGAGGAAGCGUUAUUAAAUUUCCGAGUGAAAAUAAAAAGAAAAUAAUAAGAAGGGAAUCAAGAGUGCUAAAAGUUUUACCAACGGAAUUUCCAAUAAUUCCAAAAAAUUCGACUAAAAAGAUAUUGCAACUCACUAAAUCAGAACAGCCUCCAACCUGAUCUUAUUACAGCAUCAAAGCACCUUAUGUCAAACGAAUUCUUAAGAAAAAUAAGCUAAUAUGCUAAAAUCACACCAAUUUAUUUUUGCUGGUUAUGCCUAAAUCUUAUUUUCUAUAUACAAAAAUUUUUACCAUUCUCUAAUUAUUCCUCAUUAUUUAUUCUAAAAGUCUUAUAUUUUAAUGACUAA